CUAAACUCAAAUCCUCAAGGUCGCUCCCAGAGAUGCCUAAUAUAAGCAGCGGGUGAUUAGAUCCUCCUGCUAAAAUGUGAUAUAUGAUGUGUUCUGCUAAAGUUGCCGACGUUAUUCCAGCUGUUGUCGCCUGGAGUCUUAUAGUAGGUAUCACGGCGGUAUACCUCACCUUCAUGUAACACAGUUUUUACCUAUAUUACUCACUCUUAAAUAGUUGCUUCCAGUUCGCUGCAACUUACUCCUGGUCUAUAUUUGUUCUUCAUGCUAUCCUAGUUUUUUAUGUGUUAUGCUGUCUAACGCGAACAACUUUCAUGGACCCUGGUUAUUUUCCUUUCGCAACGGAAGGAGAGGCUGAAUAUGAAGAAACCAAGUCUGCUCCUGUUCAUCGUGAAUAUAAUAUUAAUGGAGUAUUGGCCAAAGUCAAGUGGUGCAGUACAUGUUUGUUCUACCGUCCCCCAAGGUGUUCACAUUGCUCUAUUUGUAACCGGUGUGUGGAUACUUUUGAUCAUCAUUGUCCUUGGGUCAAUAACUGUAUUGGAAAAAGAAACGCGCGUUACUUCUUCAUGUUCUUAAUUUCGCUUACACUUCAUAUGAUUGCCGUGUUUAGUGUAACCCUAGCAUCAUUAUUACUUAACGAUCAGCCGAUCGUAUUCUAUACAAAUAUUAUACGAAUUAUUACACUUUCUCUAGUUGGUGUUAGUUUUAUUCCGGUUUUUGGACUAACUUCAUUCCAUGUAUAUCUAAUAUCCCGAGGAAUGACAACCAAUGAACAGGUUACAGAUAAAUUUCGUGGACUGUUAAAUCCAUUUACAUUGGGUUGUUUGUUAAACUGGCGGAGAUUUUGUUGUGAACCUCAAUUUCCUCGUCGUUAUUUGGAAGUAGUUCCAACCAAAUCCCGUCGUAUUAAAUAUUUUAAAUUGAGAAAAAGUAGAUUUAGCAAAUUCAAUCAUUUCAUGAUUAGUAGCGGUGGCGCUGAUCCCGGGUGUACUGAUGAUGCCGCUAUCAGUACAUACACAGAAUCAAAUCAUAAACUACUCAUGGAUCAUAUACAUAGUACAACUACCAGUGAUAAUAAUAAUCAUAAUUAUAGUACUGAGAAAGACACUAUGCUUGACAAUACUGAUACUAAAAUGCCUAAUAUCAACAGUAAUACAUUCUAUGACAAAAAAUCACUUGGUGGUGGAAAAUAUUUAUACACUUUAAAAGUUCCACAAAACCAUUCACAUCAUCAUCCACGUCAACAACUAACUAGUCAGAAUCAAGGUAGUACUCGAUCAACAAAUCAAUUGAUACCACGUGGACCAUUAGUUUGUGAUAAUGAAGAACCAUUAUCUUCGAUUAUUAAUAAUUUAACAUCAAAUCGUAAUAAUGUAAUGACAACAGCGAUAACAACAGCAACAACACCGACUGGAAACCAUAAAUUGGAAGGUAAUAAUGAUACUUGCUCAAUUAAUGAACAAAAUCUACCAUGUACUAAUGCUAGGCCAUCCGCUGAUUCACUCGGUACUUUAGACAGUGCAUAUCAACCACAUCAUCAAAAUUCAUGUAAUAACAGCGGCAAAGUAUUGGUAGACACUGCCAGUAUUAGUCUUUCAGGUUGGAGUGAAGAUGCAGUUUCGCUGAAAACAUUAGAUCGUCUUAUCGGUAUUACACGUCAUCACCAUCCAACGAUUGGAGGAAAUGACAGUGCAAUAGCCACAAGUAUUGGUGGGGGUGGGGGUGGUGGAGGUAGUAGUGGUCCAACUUAUUUAACUGUUGAACGUAUUCAAGAAAAUGGGGAAUCACUGAUAGAUUCUUCAACUUCCGUUCUGGAUCGAAAUAUUUCAACUGAUCAAGAUUCAACACACCUUUUUAAUUUUAACGGUUCACAUAUAAAUGGUUAUACGGGUAUAUUACCUACUUCUACAGCUGAUUCAAUCAGUCAACAUUUUACGCAUACACUACCUCUUUAUCAACAAAAUAUUGUACGUUCACUUGGUGAGAAUGACUCCUACUGUAAUUUCUAUGAUGGAAGUGUGACAGGUGUUAUUGGGAAUGAAACCAGUGGAACUGUUGGAGUCAAUGUUAUACCAUCAUCUAUUAACUCUUUAUCGAAUACGUUCAAUCAUGUAGAUAAUUCUUUAUCAGUUAAUGAUAAUUAUCAUGUUAAUUACUCAAACACGAACGAUAAUAAUUCUUUAUUCAAUUCUAAUCCAUUAUCGAUUAAUAGUAGUACUAAUCAUCCAAUCACCAGUAGAAAUCGAACACAAUAUUCUACCACUACUACUACUAAUAAUAAUAAUGGUGGAUCUAUGUUUAUGGUAAAUGAACCACAUAUUUCCGCUUCUAAUAAUUUAGAAUUAUUGAAUCCUUCACGUUCAACAAUUAAUGCUACUACUACUACUAAUAAUAAUAAUAAUAAUACUCAACAUGGUUCCAUUGAAUUAACUUACAUUCCGUCACUAUAUCAUACAAGAGAUAAUAGGAAUAUCAGUAAUAAUAAUGAUAAUGGUACACAUCCACUGGGAAAUUAUGCACAAGCAACAUUUGUUAAUCAAGUUUUUCAUGGACAGUCAUCUGAUCAAUCAUCGCCUAAUACAAGUCGAUUCAGUUUUAUUUUUUCACCAUUAGACGUUAAUGCACCUCAUGCAUCACAAGAGACUCUAAGUACAGCUACAUCACAAACAUCUAUUCCUCUACUUGCUUCACCAUCUAGUCCAAGAGGUUUUCUAUCAUCGUCUCAAUCUCACAACAACAGGAGUCCGGUAAAUGAUUCAUCAGCACCGAUCGAUUAUGAAACUGAUGACUAUUGUGUCAGUCGAACUGGUACGAUGCUACCAUCAAAUCGUAUGUCAAAUUAAAAAUAAUACAUUAUAAUUUCUAUGUUGUUGUUUGUUUGUUUGUUUGUCUUUAACAUAAUAUUCAUCAUUCAAUACCAGUUAGACUACGGCGAUGAAUACCGACUGCUUCCAAUAUAUUUCCAUACAUUUAUUGUACAACAUGAUACGUGAUAUUAUUGAUAUUGACAAGGUUUAUUCCAAUUCAUUGUUUCAUUAUCUCCAACCUUAUUUGUUUUCAUGAGUAGCAUUUGUUUAUCAAUCUAUCAAUUGAAAUAAGCAAAACGUUUCGAUUGUAUGUAUGUGUGUAUGUAUGUAUGUACGUGUGUACGUUUUUACAAUUUCUGUUUGUAUACAGCUCUUUUCUUUUUCGUUUUUCAUAUUAUUGUAUACACUGUAGAUAAAGGAUAUUAUUUACAUAAACAUACACAUUCAAGACUAAUAUUUCACUCAUUUGCACCUAUUAUACCAAUUCUUUUUUUCUGUUUACUACUCAUCAUUAACAUCCAUGUACACUCAAUUAUUCCUGUCUGAGUUUCAACUGUUUUACGUCUCUCUAUCUCUCUCUCUAUGUGUGUGUAUGUGUUUGUACUCAUAUACAUUCUUUUCCUAAAUGUCUAAUCUCUGUCUACGGUGAAUAUAUUUCUUUCGUGAAUGUAGACUUUUUUAUCUACCAAAUACUUAAUCAAUUAGUUUUACACUUUAUUUUCUCAUCGAUAUCAGUCAAUGCUACCGAGUGGUUGUUAUUAUUACUAUUAAUAUCAGUAUUCUCAAGUGUCCAUGUUCUCAUGUUUACGUCUGUGUAUUUGCAAAAAUUAUAAAAUAAGUUAUAAACUAUUUUCUUUUAGUUCAUUGAUUCCAGUUGUAAAAGAAAAGAACCCUAGAAUUCAUAUGUAAAUCUAAAUUGCAUUCUCUCAUGUAUAUGUGUGCAACAUAAGAUAUAUUUUUAUCAAAUUUCCAUUUGAUUGUCUUACAAACAUUGCCUACCUUCCUUUAGUGAAGUUAGUUAUCUUCAGUGUUCUCUCUACCAUUGGUGACACUUUCUGUCUUUAUUUAAUUUGUUCCCUCUCUUUUUUCUCCUAAUCUUGUUUUUUUAUCCCUUUCCGUUACUAUGGUGACCUUUUUCACCUCAGUUUCAGGUUACAGAUGUGUACUAGGAAUAAGUGAUUGAGUUAUUUUCAUUCCAUCAUUCAUUUUAUGUGAACAUAUAUCUGAUAUAUAUAUAUAUAUAUACGUGUGUGUAUCAGUUUGUGGUUCCAUGUGUUGCGUAUGCGGACCUCAGUGUUUUUGCAAAUGUUCUACUGUUUUGUAUGAUGAAAACGUGUUAUGCAACAUUUGACUAAUAUUUACAUAUAUGUAUCUAUUUGUAAUGUCUUCAUUUUGCUUACUACUUAUUUAGUUAGUUGCUUAAAAAUUUCUAGCGAAAUAGUUUUCCUGUUUACUGUCCUCAUUUUCAGUUUACAGAUUACUUGUUUAAGUCUGCUAUCACCUAUCUGAUGCCCAACUGAGUAUAUUACAAUUAAAGGAGAGAAAUUUCGUCAUAUGAAAAGUUGAGUAAUGUCAAUAUUAUGCAAUAACUGUUUGCUGUUAUAUGUUG